GGUGUACCCCCAACCCAUCUCCUGCGCAGGAGAUGCGUAAAUGGAAAAUGGCGACUGAAUAACCUUUCGUCGCGAUAUUCUCGUGGUAUAUUGACGCAGAGCUAUUCCCGCGGUCCCGAUGCGGUACGGAUCGAAAAUGUUCCCUCAUUUUACUGUAUAACGAAUGGACGUGUUAAUUACCAGGACAAAAUAGCCGCCAUUGAUCGAGAAGACUGUUCCAGAGCAUUUUGAAUCGAUCGUACGACGAUUCGGUGAUCGAACAGCGUAUGUCUUUCCCAAUUGGAUAUUUAGUCAAGACUGCCAAAAUGAACUAUAAUCUUAUUCUGGAUAGUGUUGUCUCCCGACACCAAAAUAAUCGACUUACUUACGAUGCGCUCGAUCGGAAAAGCAACCAACUCGCUCGAGGGUUAUUAUCCAUUGGGGUUGGAAAAGGCGAACGUGUCGCCGUCAUGUUGGGCAAUUCCAUCGAAUACGCGAUUGCAACAUAUGCUCUAUUCAAACUGGGUGCCAUUUUGGUGCCCCUCAAUCCUUCCUUCAAUGCAAACCAGGCUGUUUCCGCAUUAAGUCAUCUCGGCGCAAGCCAUUUGAUUAUCAGCACCGAAGCAAAUUUACCAAGGCGGGCACCUCGUGAUAACACCCCUCUAAUCAAACAUAUUGCACCAGAUCUACAUGCAGCACAUUUAUAUUCGGAGAUUGUUCCGACUCUCAAACAUAUAGUCAUUGUCGACAACUCUGCUGGCCGGGUUGACACCACUGCAUACAACUCACUUACCCCCUUCUCAUCCGUAUUAUCAGACCUAACCGCCGACGGGGAGCCUUUGCCACCCCAAAACCUCUCGCAUGACGACGUUGUCAAUAUUCAAUUCACAUCCGGGACUACGUCCAUGCCAAAAGCGGCGUGUCUCACACAUCGAUCAAUUCUCAACAACGGUGCCCAGAUCGGGGAUCGAAUGCUACUGACCGAAAGAGAUAUUGUCUGCUGCCCACCCCCUCUUUUCCACUGCUUUGGAUGUAUACUUGGUUACAUGGCAACGGCAACACACGGCUCCGCCAUAGUAUUUCCCUCCGAGUCAUUCAACGGUCUAGCCGCCCUUCAAGCCGUACGUGAGGAGAAGUGCACGGCACUCUAUGGUGUACCGACAAUGUUUAUCGAGGAGUUAGGCCUGCUAGAGAAAGGCGAGGUGCCACAUGAUGGAUUCCAGUAUUUGCGAACUGGUAUUGCAGCCGGAAGCAGCAUUCCCGCCGAACUGAUGCGAAAACUACACAAGAUACUUAAUCUCACCGAGCUCACUAUCUGUUAUGGGAUGACCGAGACAAGUCCGGUAUCCGCAAUGACUACGACAGAUGAUCCUAUAGAGAAAAGGAUAAAUACUGUUGGCCGACUCAUGCCCCAUGUUGAAGCAAAAAUUGUCGACCCUUCAGAUUAUAGUCAGAUAUUACCAGUAGAAUCCAAAGGCGAACUAGCCGUGAGCGGUUACCUGUUAAUGAAAAAAUACUGGGACGCUCCCGAAAAGACAGCCGAAGUCAUGCUGGCGGACGAAACUGGCAAGAUCUGGAUGCACACCGGUGACGAGGCAAGCAUAUCCCAAGAUGGCUAUAUCACUAUUACAGGUCGAAUCAAAGACCUAAUCAUCCGCGGUGGAGAGAAUAUCCAUCCUCUUGAAAUUGAAAACUGUCUGCUAGCUCAUCCAGCUGUAUCUGAAACAUCUGUGGUCGGCGUUCCAGACGAGAAAUACGGAGAAGUCGUUGGUGCUUUUGUAGUUCCGACUUUUACUCCGGGGGAACCGGGAAUCGAUAAGCAAGUCCUCACUGAAGAGUUGAAGACUUGGGUGAGGGAGAAGUUGAGCAAUCAUCUGGUGCCAAAAUUUAUCUUCUUUUUCCCUAGUUCCGAUGCUUUCCCAAAAACUGCCAGUGGAAAAAUCCAGAAGUUCAAGCUUAAGGAGACUGCUAUUGAAUUGUUGAAGAAUCAAUGACCCGAGUUAUGAAGCUCAUUGAAUAUUAUACAUUUCACGAUGUUAAUGGCACCUACGAAAUCUAUCCACAAUGUAAUUUAUUUAUAGAAGCUUGAAAUACACCUAAUUUAAUCAAUGUGUGAAAU